CUUCCCAUCUCUCUCUCUGUAACAGUCAAGAGAAUGGCCACGGCCAAUCUCGUAACUUGUUUUCUCUCCAUUCUCUUGAUGAUGAUGCUCUUUUCUUCCUCACUUGCAUUCAUCAAUGUAGUAACCCUGGGAGCCAAACCGGACGGAAAAACAGACGCCACCAGCUCAUUCCUCAAAGCAUGGACCUUGGCUUGCAGCUCAGUCAAUCCUCAGACAAUCUACAUUCCCACCGGAAACUUCCUCAUCAAACCUGCAGUGUUUAGAGGCCCAUGUAAGAACAGAAUGGUUGUUCGGAUCGACGGAACCCUCCUCGCCCCUUCCGACUAUCGCGUCCUCGGCAGUUCAACCAAUUGGCUUCUUUUCGUUAAGAUUACCGGACUGUCGGUCAUCGGCGGCACCCUUAAUGCACAAGGUGCCACCUACUGGGCUUGCAAGAAUGCCGGCAAGAGUUGCCCGGCCGGAGCAAGGUCGAUAACGUUCAAUUAUGCAGAUAAUGUUGUGAUCAAUGGCUUGACGUCGAUCAACAGCCAGCUAACGCACGUCGUCAUUAACAGAUGCAACAAUGUAAUGGUUAAAGGGGUGAAGAUCGUCGCACCUGAUCAGAGUCCCAAUACCGACGGCAUACACGUUCAGUUCUCAUCCGGCGUGACGAUCACCAGCUCGAGCAUUAAGACCGGCGACGAUUGUGUAUCAAUUGGUCCAGGCGCCAAGAACCUAUUGAUCGAUCGAGUUAGCUGUGGGCCCGGACAUGGCAUCAGCAUCGGUAGUCUGGGUAAGGGUGCGAAUGAACAAGGAGUGCAGAAUGUGACGGUCAAGAAUUCUGUACUCACCGGAACUGAUAACGGGUUACGGAUAAAGUCGUGGGCCAGACCCAGUACCGGAUUCGUGACUGGCGUUCUUUAUCGGAACAUCGUCAUGAACAAGGUCAAGAAUCCGAUCAUAAUAGAUCAGAACUACUGCCCCAGCAACAAUUGCCCUAACCAGAGUUCUGGUGUGAAAAUCAAGGAGGUGACAUACCAGAAUAUCCAAGGAACAUCAACCACACAGGUUGCCGUGAAUUUUGAGUGCAGUUCGAGUAACCCGUGCCGAGGAAUCAGAUUACAGGGCGUGAAGCUUACCUAUGUCAAUGGAAUAGCCACGUCAUCUUGUUCAAACGCCGGUGGAACCGCUGUCGGGGUAAACACUCUGAAGAGCUGUCUAUAAUGAUCAAUUAGAAGUUAGAACUAUCGGGGUAAACACGUCAUCUUGCAGUUGUUGUUGUAGUUGUAGUAUACUCUAUCAAUCCAUGUAAAAUGAUGGUCCUUGUUAUUGAAAUGACCAAUUAGAACUCUUCUUAUUGGUAAA